UAAUUCAUAAUUCAUAAGAACUUGCCAUCUUAUAAAUCCGACGCCUUUCUCGCUCCAUUCUGUUUGGCGAACUCCAUGCCUCUCCUCAAAGUACGAACCUCCCAAUCUCUACAAUAGCCCUACAUUUACUACCUUCUUUGUGCUCUCUCUAAUGGCCGCGGCCACCGCCACCGACAAGCCCGCCCGGCCAAGACUCGCAUGUUUCUCUUUCGCUGCCUAUGCCAAGGCCGUCAUCGACCAUCUCAAAUCCCUUCAAAUUCCGGUCCUCCCCGGCCUCUCGGACACUGAAUUUACAUCCGUCGAGUCCACGUUCCAAUUCUCCUUCCCACCGGACCUCCGCUCAAUCCUCCAAGAGGGUCUCCCAAUUGGCUCUGGUUUCCCCAAUUGGAGAUCCUCCUCCAUUCAACAGCUUCACAUUCUAAUCAAUCUCCCCCGGCUUUGCCUCCUCAAGGAAAUUUCUCAGAGAAAAUUCUGGUGUCAAUCUUGGGGUACUCAACCCAAUGACCCAAAUGACGCCGUUGCUCUAGCCCAGCAACUCCUGGACAGAGCCCCUGUUCUUGUCCCCAUUUACAAAAACUGUUACAUCCCUUCCGAGCCGAACAUGGCCGGGAACCCUGUAUUUCACCUCGACGGUGGGGAGAUUCGUGUUUCCAGCUUCGAUUUAGCCGGAUUCUUUCAAACCCAUGAAUAUUCUCAACUUAGUAAGGCUGAACCAGACCGGUCAAUGAUCGACUCGCCGGCUUGGGCGGCGACGGAGGCCAGAGCGGUGGAUUUCUGGACGGAAGUGGCUUCAGGAAAAAAUGUGGCGGGGCGUGGGGUAAUACUAGGAUGGUGGAAUGAAGGGGAAUUUGAAAUGGGGUUGGACGGAUGCCUUGAGGACGUGUUGUGGAAGUUGCGACAGGGCGGGUGGAGGGAAGAAGAUAUCAGAGAUAUGAUGAUGAUGGACGGCCAUGAUCGGAGCUUAAAACAGAGUCGGGCGACCAUCGAGAAACUCAAAGUAUCAGUAUGUGAGAUUUUACUGAGUGGGGGAUGGAGCAGGGACGAUGUGAUGUACUCUCUGGGUCUCGAAGACGUUUCCAAUUCCAAUUCCAAUUCCAAUUCCAAUUCCAAUUCCGCCAUUGUUAUUCCUGAAGAGGAAGAAGAAGAAUCAACGUUUGAAAUCAAUCUUCAUCAUCAUCGCCCAACCAUAGUCCCCCAAGUGGAACGCAAGAAAAAAGCCAAAGCCCGCAGCUCCACCAACCACCACAACAUGUCCCCAUUUUACUUUGCUCCACAUCGAAAUUUAAUCUUGUAACUACUUUUUGCCCUGUUCUCUUUUUAGUUAUUAGCCCCUCCACCUCAACCAAACCUACACAUGAAACACCCCCUUCUCAUUAUUCAUCUCCUGUAAAUAAAUA